ACCUUGACGAUGCCUUUGCGAGUUGGCUUUGUUCGCGAACACUUUUCCACGCCUCUCUUGCAGUUACAAGAGGCUGACCAGAACCAAACCUUUACUCUUGUCGAAUGUCCCAGCGGAACUGGACAACUCAUCAAGCGCCUGGCUGGAGAAGAAGAGCCUGAAAUCGACAUCGCGAUCGCACUCACCGACCCCUUGAUUUCUGGCAUUGCGAAUGGGUCCAAGGCAUACAAGCUUUGCGGGAGCUAUGUUUCCACGCCACUUAACUGGGCAGUCAUCACCGGCAAAGACACCAAGUUCAACAGCAUCGCCGAUCUCAAAGGGACGACCAUUGGCAUCUCGCGUCUCGGAAGCGGCAGCCAGACGAUGGCGUAUGUGAUGGCGCUGCAACAAGGCUGGCCCACAAACGAGCUCAAGUUCAAAAUUAAUAACGACAUUCGGGGGCUCAUCGACUCCGUCAAUGAUGGUUCAACAAGCGCGUUCAUGUGGGAAUGGUUCACCACAAAGCCUUUUGUGGAUGCUGGUGAAGCCCGAUUCAUCGGCUCCGUCCCAACACCGUGGCCCUCGUGGCUUAUUGCUGCUCAUCCUUCGCCGGCUCGUGCUCCUGUCGACCAAGUUACCGCAUUCAUGACCAAGCUUUCGGAAUACGUCCGGUCAUUCGACUCCUCCCCGACUCGCGCCGAUGUCGUGAAGGCGAAAUUCGGUUACCCUGAAGAGGACAUUCAGGCUUGGCUUAAGACGGUCGCGUACCCCCAAGAUUGUCUGGCUAUACCAACCAAGGUUAUAACGGAUACUUUAGACGUUCUAGAGAAAGCGGGCGUUGUCAAGGCUCCCGAAGGCGGAUUCGUCGUCGAUACUUUCGUCCAUCAAGAUGUCGUCAAGCUCAUAUGA